UGCAGCACCAGAACACUUCUCUCGGCCGUCUCUCUCCGCUCUCUCGUGGGAGCAACCCUCUAGUUUCUUUUGCUUUAAGUUACUGUUACCAUGGGGAAGGAGAAGGUUCACAUUAACAUUGUGGUCAUUGGUCAUGUCGACUCUGGGAAGUCGACCACCACUGGUCAUCUCAUCUACAAGUUGGGAGGUAUUGACAAGCGUGUGAUCGAGAGGUUUGAAAAGGAGGCUGCAGAAAUGAACAAGAGGUCGUUCAAGUAUGCCUGGGUUCUUGACAAGCUUAAGGCUGAGCGUGAGAGAGGGAUUACCAUUGAUAUUGCCCUUUGGAAGUUUGAGACCACCAAGUACUACUGCACGGUCAUUGAUGCUCCUGGACAUCGUGACUUCAUCAAGAAUAUGAUCACUGGAACCUCCCAGGCGGACUGUGCUGUUCUUAUCAUUGACUCAACCACUGGUGGUUUUGAAGCUGGUAUCUCAAAGGAUGGACAGACACGGGAGCAUGCCUUGCUUGCUUUUACUCUUGGAGUUAAACAGAUGAUUUGCUGUUGCAACAAGAUGGAUGCAACCACCCCCAAAUAUUCCAAGGCCAGGUAUGAUGAAAUUGUGAAGGAGGUUUCUUCUUACCUCAAGAAGGUCGGUUACAACCCUGAGAAGAUUCCCUUUGUUCCAAUCUCUGGAUUUGAGGGUGACAACAUGAUCGAGAGGUCUACCAACCUGGACUGGUACAAGGGCCCAACUCUUCUUGAAGCCCUUGACUUGAUCCAGGAGCCAAAGAGGCCCACGGACAAGCCCCUUCGCCUUCCUCUUCAGGAUGUGUACAAGAUUGGAGGCAUUGGUACUGUUCCUGUUGGACGGGUCGAGACCGGAGUACUCAAGCCUGGUAUGGUUGUUACAUUUGGUCCGACAGGUCUGACAACUGAAGUAAAGUCCGUCGAGAUGCACCAUGAAGCACUCCAGGAAGCUUUCCCUGGUGAUAAUGUGGGCUUUAACGUGAAGAAUGUUGCUGUUAAGGAUCUAAAGAGAGGUUUUGUUGCAUCUAAUUCCAAGGAAGAUCCCACAAAAGAGGCUGCUAGCUUCACUUCUCAGGUCAUCAUCAUGAACCAUCCUGGCCAGAUUGGCAAUGGUUAUGCCCCUGUGCUCGACUGCCACACAUCCCACAUUGCCGUCAAGUUCGCCGAGCUGCUCACCAAGAUUGAUAGGCGAUCUGGAAAGGAGCUCGAGAAGGAGCCUAAGUUCCUCAAAAAUGGUGAUGCUGGCUUCGUUAAAAUGAUUCCUACCAAGCCAAUGGUUGUGGAAACAUUCUCAGAGUAUCCUCCCCUCGGACGUUUUGCUGUGAGGGACAUGCGGCAGACCGUGGCUGUAGGAGUCAUCAAGAGUGUCGAGAAGAAGGAUCCUACCGGUGCUAAGAUCACCAAGGCUGCUGCCAAGAAGAAGUGAGCAAAUCUGCAGCAACUUGAGACCUUAGUGGUAUUUAUCCGAUGUGCUAUAGGUUUUGGGUGCUUAAUGGUUGUGGAACUCAUGGAAGGGUUUUUACUGGUGGCUUCAAAUGAGUCCGAACUAUGCUUUUUGCUGCCUGGGAAGAUUUUUAGGCUUUCUACUUCUGGGCUGAGCGGUUCUGAUACCUAUAUUUCUUUGCCUUUAAAUAAUGUUAUGACAUUAUGUUUUCAGUAAGAAUUGCCUGCUUUUAAAUC